UUUCCAGUCGGCCACCAGUCUUGUUCUUGCCCCUUCCUGCGCGAUGACGGAGAUCGAGAUCCGGCGGAAGGUCAGCCGCGGGUCCCGGCGGACGGCGCGGGAAAACUACUUCGACAUGGACAGCAUCGACGAUGCAGGCAUGGCGCCGCCCAGCGCUGGCCACCGGGCUUCCAUGCUGCACCAGGACUUCCGCAAGAGCGUCAAGCGCCUGGACUCUGGUCAUCAUGGUGGUGUCUUUGAGCAUCUCCAGCGGCUUCUCGGCUUCCAGGUCGCGAGCAUGCGUAACCAGAAGGAGCAUGUCGCAGUGCUCCUCACGAACAAGCAGACGCGCCUUCAUAACAAGGGCAGUGCGGACCCGGCCCGCGACGCGCUCAAGCAGCUCCACUCGGCCGUCUUUACGAAUUACACCAAGUGGUGCAAGUUCCUCGGCACGAAGCCGCGCUUUGUGGGAGCGAGCCAAGAGGCACAGAUUGCGCUCUACUUUCUCAUUUGGGGCGAGGCCGGCAACUUGCGCUUCAUGCCCGAGUGCCUCUGCUUCUUGUACCACACGAUGGCGAGCCGCUGGGAAAAGGUCGAGGCGUUGGGCCACAAACCCGAAAUGGCGCCUGCAGACACGGCGUUCCUCAACAACGUCGUCAAGCCACUGUACCAGGUUGUUGCCAAGAUGAACCCCGCGCUGUCGUCCAAGUCGAAGAAGGAGGAUGGCAAGCCCAAGGACCACAAGAACGUGACCAACUACGACGACGUCAACGAGUUCUUCUGGACGUCCGAGUGUCUCAAGUUUGACGAGACGAACGUCGCGCGCGCGUUUGAGCGGCGUGAGGUCAAGACGUUCAAGGAGCGCCGGUCGCUGCUCAGCCCGUUCCUCGCGUUCUACCGCAUCUUCUUCUUCCUCCUCGUCAUGCUCCACGUGCUAAUUGCGAUCGCUUACGUCGGCGUCAAGACCAACAACGGUAACGGGUCGGGCUUCCACAUCUACGACGACUUUUUCUCGAGUGUUUACUCGAACCUGCGUCUCCACGCAUUCUACUCGAUCGCAGCCUCUGUCGCCGGUCUUCUCGCGCUCAAGGUCGUGCUCCAGGUCUGGAUUGACGGCGCGCUCAUCUACAGCCACAAGAUGUACGCGCUCGCCUUGUACGUGCGACUGCUUUGGCACUCGCUCUUCCUCGCGCUCUUCUGCUGCAUGAUCUGCUCGCCAAACGAGAAGGAUAUGGUGCUCGGGAAGGACUAUCUCAGCGCCGCGCCCAUCUACAUUGGCGUCUACGCGCUCCCGGUGGUUCUUGGCGCCCUCGUUUCGAUGUGCUGCGGUAGUAUGCACCUCCCAUUUCUUCGCGCUCUCCAGGGCACGCGUUCGCAGUACAUUGGCCGCGAGAUGGGUCAGCCGUUCGGUGACUUUAUCAAGUACGCCCUCUUUUGGCUCCUCCUCUUCGGCCUCAAGUUUGUGUUCAACCUCCAGCUCAUGAUCAUGCCGCUCAUGAACCCGAGCAUCGAGCUCUACGCGCUGCACGUCGAGUCGCAGUCGUCGCUGCUCAACUCGGACCACAACUUGCUCUUCAUUGCGGCGCUCUGGGCACCGACGUUCCUCGUGUACAUCUACGACACGCAGAUUUGGCUCGCGAUCUUCCAGGCCAUCAUCGGCAUGUUCAUGGGCUUCCGCAUGAAGAUUGGUCACUCGUCGCGCGUGACGCAAUUCAUGACCAAGCUCCAGGGUGCGCCUACGCUCUUUGAUCAAAAGGUUGUUUCGCGUGUCGCCCGUGGCAUGCUCGCUGCGACCGCCGAGGGGUCGUCAUCGCCAGAAGUCCAAGCGCGGCUCCGCUUUUCGGUCGUAUGGAACGAGUGCGUCAGCAGCUUUCGUCUCUCGGACCUUAUCGACGACCGUGAGUCAGCGAUCCUGCAGUACCAGAUCUCGGCGUCCGGCCAGGUCGACGACCCGGUCUUUCUGCUCGCGGGCAAGACGUCGCGUGCGUGCGACAUCCUUGGCGGCAUCAAGAGCCCGUCGCGCACCAAGAUUCAAAAAGACUUGGCAAAAGACGGCCUCGUGAACGUCACGAUCAACGCGCUGGACUUGGGCGUGCGUAUCUUGACCAAGCUGCUCGGUCCCGAAGAUGCUGCGAUCAUUGACGGCCUUCAGCAUGCGAUUGCAAACGCAGACGAGACGUUGCGGUCGGCGAAUUUGACGCACGUGCCACAGCUCCGCGAAAACACGGUUGAUCUGCUGGCGUGUCUCCUCGAUAUGCCGGACGCCGAGGACGAGCUGCCGAUGAACGCCCGCGUCGGGAGCCAAGUGCUCCAGGACCGCGUUUCGAUAGUCGUCGAGCGCGUCCAGCACGUCUUUGGCACGCUCCAGCAAGUGUUUCCGUCCGACUGGAUGCGCCAGCGCCUCGCAGGCUGCAAGUUUACGCAGCUCACAUCCGACAUGACGCACCAGAUGACGCUGCUUUCUUCGCUCUUUGUGGACGAAGAAGUCGCGUCCGACGACGACAGCAGCGACGUCAGCAUCACGGAGAGCGCGAUGAGCGCGUGCACGCGGCUGUACUUUUUGCUGACGCUCGACAUUGCGGACGCUCUGCCGCGCUGCGCCGAGGCCCAACGCCGUAUGAGCUUCUUCCUCAAUUCGCUGGCCAUGUACAUUCCGCAAGUGGACGCGAUUCAGAGCAUGCACUCGUUCUCGGUCGUCACGCCGUACUACAACGAGCCGGUUCUCUACUCGCUCGAGGAACUCAACGACCGCGUCGUCGUGAACCCGCUUUUCCGGGCUGCGGAAGCCAAAGCUAAGAAGGAGAAGGUUGGCCGCGAAGAUUUGAGCAUCCUCAAGUACCUCAUCACGCUGCACCCGGAAGAGUGGGGCAACUUUCUCGAGCGCCUCGGAGUCUCGUCGCGUGAAGAAGCGCUCGUGUCGUCGCCGACGCAGGUGCGGCUCUGGGCGUCGAUGCGCGGCCAAACCCUCGCGCGCACGGUCCAUGGGAUGAUGCUUUACGAAGACGCGAUCAAGAUUUUGCGCUGGCUCGAGAUUGGGUCGGAUCAGAGCAUGUCGCACGACGAGAAGAUUGAGCAGAUGGACCACAUCGUCGGCAUGAAGUUCAGCUACAUCACGUCGUGCCAGAUUUACGCAGCGCAGAGUGCGUCCAACGACCCGCGCGCGGCCGACAUCGACCUUCUCAUGCGCAAGUACCCCAACUGGCGCGUCUCGUUCAUGGAGCAAGUCGGCGACUCGUACGAGUGCGUUCUCGUCAAGGCCGACGGCGACGACAUUGUCGAAGUCUACCGUUACGAGCUCCCGGGCCACCCGAUCGUCGGAGAAGGCAAGCCCGAGAACCAGAACAUUGCGCUGCCGUUCACGCGCGGCGAGUACAUCCAGACAAUCGAUAUGAACCAGGAGCACUACUUUGAAGAAGCGCUCAAAAUGCCCAACUUUCUCGCGACGGGCAAGAACGUGCAGAUCAUCGGCAUGAAGGAGUACAUCUUCACGGCCAAGGCGUCGUCGCUCGCGCGCUUUAUGACGCUCCAGGAGCUCGUGUUUGUCUCGCUCACGCAGCGCGUCAUGGCCAACCCGCUCCAGACGCGCAUGCACUACGGCCACCCCGACGUGUUUGACAAGCUCUACAUCAUGACCAACGGCGGUGUCUCCAAGGCCUCGAAGGGCAUCAACUUGUCGGAGGACGUCUUCGCGGGGUACUCGUGCGCGCUUCGCGGCGGCAAGGUCACGCACAUCGAGUUCAUGCAGUGCGGGAAGGGCCGUGACGUGACGCUCUCGCAGAUCAACGCUUUUGAAGCCAAGCUCGCGAACGGGUCGGCCGAGUCGUCGCUGUCGCGCGAGGCGCACCGCAUGGGCGCGGGCAUGGAUUUUUUCCGCCUCAACGCCAUGUACUACUCGCACAUGGGCUUUUACAUUGCCAACUUCCUCACGGUCGUGUGCGUCUUUGUGUACGCGUACUGCAAGCUCUACGUGGCCUUGCACCUGGACAUCGAGCAGGCCGUGAUUCCCGUCACGUCGGACCUCGACCACCUCGCGCAGGUCAUGAACACGCAGUUCAUCUUCCAGUUUGGCAUGCUCAUGACGAUCCCGCUCGUGGCCACCUUGGUUGUUGAAGUGGGUCUCCGGCAAGCGGUCAUUCAGUUUUGCGAGCUCAUCAUCACACUCGGUCCUGUGUUUUACAUUUUCGAGACGGGCACCAAGGCGCAUUUUUUCGACGUGGCGAUCCAGCGCGGCGGCUCCAAGUACCGCGGUACCGGUCGAGGCUUUGCGAUCACGCGUGAGACAUUUGUCAACUUUUUCAAGGAGUACGCGGCCUCGCACUACCGCAAGGCGCUCGAGCUCAUGGCGCUCAUGGUGCUCUUUGGCUUGUAUGGCACGUUCAACAUUGGUCUCAACGCGCUCAAAGAAUUCUGUCCGGACGGCGCGAACAAAACCGAGUGCGAGGGCAACCCGCCAAGCACGAUCAACAACCUCGACUCUUACGGCAAGAAGGGCCAGAGCUACGGCGUCGCGUCUUUCGCUGUGUGGCUUCUCGUUGUUUGCUGGUUCUUCGCGCCCUUCAUAUUCAACACGGACGGCUUUGACUUCACGAAGACCCGCAUGGACGUGCUCAACUGGUUCGACUGGCUCGGCACUACGUCCGCGGGCGACGACUCCAAGUCGGACUCAUGGGCCAAGUGGUGGCAGUCGGAGGCCGACUUGUACAAGCCCAUCUCGUGGACGAGUCGCCUCUCAUACGCCGUGCGCGAGUUCCGACACAUCCUCGUCGUCUACUACAUCUUUACGUACUCGUUUGAGCUCAGCAAGAUCGUUCUACUCCUCGCAGCCAUCGGCGGCGUCGCUGUCGCGCUCUGGCUCGGCGGCACCUUCUCACGCAUCCUCUUUGGCAACAAGCUCCGUGGGCCGCGCGGCCUCUUGUACCUCGCAAUCGUCCUUGGUGUCACGAUUGGUGGCGUCGUCGCCGUCGGGUCGCUCUCGAGCUGGUCGGGCAUGAAGUCGUUGAGCUUCUUUGUCGCCAUGUAUGCAGGCUUGUACGCGCUCCUGCAGUACUGCCUCGUGCUCCACGGGCUCUGUGGCCUUCCGAUCGCGCGCUGGGGCCUUGUCCAAGAGCUUGGGUACCUCUUCGACUCGCUACUGGGCCUGCUCCUGCUGCUCCCGCUUGUGAUUUUGAGUGCAAUUCCGUUCAUGCACACGAUCCAGACGCGCAUGAUGUACAACGAAGGCUUCUCCAAGACCUUGUCCACGGGUGGCGAGUACGCAGCGUCCAUCUCGAUGUUUACGGGUAUCUUUGGCGGUUUCACGCACGGCUGGCUGCUCUGCGCGCUCUUCUCGCUUGGUUUUGUCAACGACACCAAGUGGAUUGCGCUCAACGAGUCGUUUGCCAAAUUCAUUGGCGACGAGGGCUUCAAGUGGGCGUCAGAAGCGGCCAAGCGCGAUUUUCAGACGAACCUCUCGCUCUUUGCCGGCAUUGGUUGCCUCGCGGGUGUCGUCCUCGGCGUCGGUCUCUGCUUCGCCGUCGGGCGCCGCACGACGUUUGUGCUCUCUUCGGCGCUGACUCUCGUGGGCGUCGGGCUUAUGUGGGCCGUGACGACAACGUCGUCGAUGGUCGUCGUCGCCGUCAUGGUCCUCGGCGCGGCGAUUGCCAUGUCGAGCAUUGCGAUUUGCUUGUACAACUACGAGAUUUGCACGCGCGACUGGAAGUGCAAGGCCGUCGUCGUCUUUGUCUUUGGGAGUGCGCUCGGGUACUUCGUCGAGUCUCUUCUGCUGUAUCAGUGGAACUACCACCUCCUCGACGUCGGCUGGAAGGAAGACAAAAUCAACAUGUGGCGCCUCCAGUUCAUCUACGGUGCGAUUCCUUCGGUGCUUGUCCUCCUCGCGGGCUUUUUCCUCCCUCAAAGUCCCGUGUGGCUACUGCGCCGCGGCAACAAGAAGGGCGCCGAGGCGACGCUCGUCCGACUCCGCCAAAAACACGAUAUCCUGGACGAGCUUCAGGCCAUUAACGACGCCAUGUACCCGAAGGACCCGCCCAACCUCGCGUUCCGCGCGCUUCUCGUUAUCUUGUUGCAGGUCAUGUACGCGCUUGUGUCGUCGGGCACGCUCUUUCUUCGCGUGCUCGUCCAAGGUACAAAGAACGCACUCGGUGCGCCCGCGUCGCCGUGGCAGUGGUACUAUGGUCUCAUGUCGAUGCUCGGCUGCCUCAUGGGCUUCUUCACGAUCGACGCGAUCCGUCGCAAAACUCUGCUCAAGGACGUUCUGCCUCUUGUGAGUCUCCUCUCGGUCGCGGCGCUCGUGCUCCAAAACUCGCUUUUUUCGGAAGAGGACGCGCUCAAGGCCAAGGACCCACCGGUGCUGCUCUCGGUCGUGCUCUUCCUCUUUUACUUUACCGUCGCGUACUCGGUCUCGACAGCGACGUGGCUCGUGGCGAUUGAGGUGUUUCCCGGUGGCUGCCAACUCCGCUUUGUGCUCCUCUCGUUCCUCGUCUACUAUGGCGUGCACACGGCGCUUGCGUUCGUACGGCCCAACUUUAUGACGGCGCAAAUUGCGUUUGCAGCACUUGCGAUCGGCACCACGGUUGUGCUCUUCGUCUUUGCUGCGAGCAACCAGCGUGGCGCGAUCCAGCUUAAGCACGAGAAGACCAAGGAGCAAGCCGCGAUCAAGGCGGCUGAGGAGGACGAGCUCCAGCGCAACACGCGUGCGUCGCGGUCGCACUCGUUCCUGCGGUCCCGCGCCCAACGCAACUCGAGUUUCAAGGACAAGGACGCGUACCACGCGUUCGAGUCGCCGGCGGCGACGUCGGUCAAGUCCCGCGUCGUGUAGGCAGUCGGAUAUAUUUCUUGCAUACACUUUCCUUUUUGCGCAUCCCGAA